CUCAGCAGCAGCUGUCUCUACGGUUCUAUCAAUUCCCGCAACACUCUCUUCCACCUUGUUCAUCUGCAGAGGCUUGACCUCUCAGAUAAUCACUUCAAUUUCUCUCAAAUACCAUCAAGAUUUGGUCAUGAUCUUUCGAGUCUAACGUAUCUCAACCUUUCAAAUUCCUUUUUCUCUGGCCAAAUUCCAUCAGAAAUUUCAAAGCUAUCGAAGCUGUCUACCCUUGAUUUGUCUGCCAAUUAUCUGAAACUGACCAAGGCCAACAUGAGAAGGCUGGUUCAGAACUUGACCACCAUAAAACAACUUCAUCUUAGUUGGGUAGAGAUGUACUCCACUGUGCCUGAUAUCUUGGUCAAUGCAUCUUCUCUCACAUCUCUCCAACUUCGCGGUUGUGGUUUGAAUGGGGAAUUCCCAAUUGGCAUUUUCCACCUACCAAACUUAGAGGUUCUGGAUGUGUAUGGUAACUCAAACCUUACCGGUUAUUUUCCUAACUUUAACAGGAGCAAUGCCCUCAAGGAUUUGAAUGUUGCCCACACGAAUUUCUCUGGCCAACUGCCUACCUCCCUUGGAAACCUUCAUUCCUUGAAUGUGUUUGUCAUCAUGUCGUGUAAUUUUCAUCCCAAUGUUCCAUCUUCAAUCGGAAACCUUUCCCAACUCAGUCACCUUUCCAUGUCUUCAUUUCAUGACUUUUCCAAAGGCAAGCUAUCUGUUUCUUUUUCUUGGGUUGGAAAACUAACCAAAUUAACUACUCUAUACCUCACGGGUAACAAUUUGAGCGAAGCAAUUCCUAGGUCACUCUUCCAGCUCAAAAAUCUUGAAUUUCUUGACCUUUCCUCUAAUAGCUUGAGUGGACAAGUUGAGUUUGAUCAGUUUUCCCAGCUCAAAAAGUUAAAGGACCUUCGAUUAUCAUACAACAAGUUAUCUCUGCAGAUCAUAACCAAUUUGAGUGCUACUAUUCCACAGCUUGAACUUCUACGGUUGUCUUCAUGCAACUUAACAGAGUUUCCAGAAUUUUUAAAAUAUCAAUCCAAAUUGCAAGAGUUACAUCUUAGCAACAACAACAUUCAAGGGCGAAUACCAAAAUGGGUGUGGAAUGCAACUAGAGAAACUUUGUUGACUCUCGGCCUCUAUUCCAACUUCUUAACAGGAUUUGACCAAAAUCCAAUCAAUCUUCCAUGGCAGAAUCUAUAUUCUUUAGAUCUCCGGACCAAUAUGUUACAAGGAUCACUGCCAAUUCCACCACAAUCAAUCAGAAACUAUAUGGUCGGCAGCAAUAAUUACAGUGGAGAAAUUUCGCCCUCGUUCUGCAACUUGAAUAAUUUGCUGAUUCUUGAUUUGUCCAACAACAGCCUGAGUGGCAUGCUUCCACAAUGUUUGGGGAACUCCAGUGCUCUUGGGAUAUUGAAGCUGACGAACAAUUCUUUUCAUGGCGGUAUUCCACAAAUGUGUCCAGAUGACAAUAGUUUGAAAAUGGUUGAUUUAAGUUACAAUCAGUUACAGGGGAAGAUACCAAGAUCAAUGGCCAAUUGCACUCAAUUAGAGUUUCUUAAUCUUGAAAACAAUCAGAUAAGCGACAUCUUCCCAUCUUGGUUCGGAGCACUUCCAGCAUUAAGGGCUCUCAUUUUGAGGUCCAAUCGAUUUCAUGGCAUGAUUAGGAAGUCUGCAACUAACCAAGACUUCCCAAAGUUGUGCAUCAUUGAUUUAUAUAACAACGGUUUUUCAGGUAUGUUACCCUCUAACUACUUAGAGAACUGGAAUUCCAUGAAAUUUGUUGACGAGAACCAGCGACCUUAUUUUGAAGUCUUUCCGAAGUUAGACAGCUCAGUUAAAUAUGGCUAUAUUUAUGAAUACUCGAUCACAAUUUUUGCAAAAGGUGUUGAGUUGAAAUAUAUGAAGACCCCUUAUCUUCUAAGAUUGAUAGAUUUCUCAAGUAAUAGAUUUGAAGGAGAGAUUCCAGCAGGUGUCAUUGGGAAUCUAAGAGGCCUUAUUUUGCUUAACCUCUCCAACAACGCUCUCACUGGUCUCAUCCCAUCAUCUUUAUGGAACUUGACGGCUCUUGAAUCGUUGGAUCUCUCCCAAAACCAGCUCUCAGGAAGGAUCCCCGGUAAUUUGGCACAACUCAAUUUCCUUGAAUAUUUCAAUGUAUCCUAUAACCAUCUUUGGGGUCCUAUACCACUUGGCCAACAAUUUGGUACAUUCCUAGAAGAUUCAUACCAAGGAAACUCAGGUCUGUGUGGAAAGCCAUUGUCGAAGAAGUGUGAUAGCUCAAUAUCGCCGCCACCAUCAAUCUUUGAAGAAGAUGAAGAUUCCGGGUUUCAAAUUGCACUAGAUUGGUAUGUGGUUCUGCCAGGAGUUGUUAGUGGUCUAAUAGUUGGAGUGGUUGCUGGGAACUUUUGGAUAAGCAAGAAUCAUGAAUGGUUUUUAGAGAAAUUUAGCAGGAAGAGGCAGCCAAGAGGCACACGGGGGAGGAGAGGACACAGAAACUAAGUACUUUUAUCUUGCAGCUGCUGCUGUUGUUGUUUUGAAUUC